UGCAAAGGUAACCAUAGUUAGAGAAGGGGAUUUAACUCUUUGUUAAUUCAUCCAAUUACUUUCUCUGUCCAACUCCGACAGCAAGCUGUUAACGUAGAGUAAGAUUGAAGCACUAUGACCACCGUCGUUCCCAAAGUUGCCGUCAUUGGCAGUGGCAUUUCAGGAGCAGUAUGUGCUUCAACUCUUGCUAGAAAUGGAAUGGCAGUUACUAUUUUCGAUUUCGGUAGAGGUCCUGGCGGCCGUAUGUCUCAAAGGAGGGAAACUACCAAGGAGGGGAUGGACUUGUUCUUUGACCACGGUGCUCCUUACUUUACUGUUUCAAAAUCUGUUGUUUUGGAUGUUGUCCUGGAGUGGGAGUCAAGAGGUCUAGUUGCAGAGUGGAAAGAAACAUUUGGAUCUUUUGAUUGCAUCUCCAAGAGAUUUACUGAUUCUGGGGAGGAAUCACUGGGCAAGAAAUAUAUAGGCAUUCCAGGCAUGAAUUCAAUAUGCAGAGCAUUAUGCAAUGAGCCUGGCAUUGAAAGCAAAUUUGGCAUUGGUGUGGCGAAGAUAGAAUGGCUAAUGAAUCAGAAAUUAUGGUCAUUAACCAGCGUAGAUGGAAUGUUUCUUGGUCAUUUUGGUGGUUUGGUUGCCACAGACAAGCUUCUUGCUUCUUCUGGGUUCAGUAACUUAACUGGACAUCCUCCACCUCUUGAUAUGAAUCUGGCACCACAAAUAGCAUCAAAGAUGGAACAAAUACCCUUCAGAUCUUAUUUUGUUCUGAUGCUCGCUUUCAGUGAGCCUUUACCCACUAUUUGUGUGAAAGGGUUCUCUUUUAAAAACUCUGAAGUUUUGAGCUCUGCCUUUUGUGACAGCAGUAAGCCAGGCCGUUCUUCAGCUAGUGAAUGUUGGGUUUUGCAUUCCACUGAGGAAUACGCUAAGAAAGUGAUAGCCGACACUGGGCUUCAAAAGGCUUCUGCUGCAACAUUUGCAAGAGUCGCUGAAGAACUUCUGCAGGAAUUUCAAAGGACUGGACUAUGCACUUCCCAGCCUUAUUUCAUGAAAGCUCAUCGGUGGGGCAGUGCCUUUCCAGCUGCGAGCGUAGCCAGAGAAGAAAAGUGCUUGUGGGAUACGAAUAAGCCAUUAGUUGUUUGUGGCGACUUCUGCAUUAGUCCAAACGUCGAAGGUGCUAUUGAGAGUGGCUUGGCUGCAGCUUCAAAGUUUAUGACAAUGCAUAGCUGCAUAUAGUAUUUCAAAAGUGAUAUCUGUAAAUUAUUAUGCCAGUGUUUUCAAUCAAUAAUUAGCCUUCAAUUUUGGAUUUUUUUUUUUUUUCGCCAGUAAAUAAAAAUUGACGAAAUGUUUACCUUAAUUCCUAAUAACCUCCGGGUAGUCCGGGAGUCCCAUUGGGUGGAGGGAACCAUCCAAUUCGCCUUUAAACGGCAAAUUUAUCGAUUUACAAC